CCUCUUUCGACGCCGCGCCCCGUCGCCAACACGCACGGCAUCUUCCAGGAAGGAACUCCGAGGUAAAACGGAGUGAAUGAGCGGCUGUUGUCAGCUUUGACGAAGUUUUUCUGGGGUUUCAACUUUGUCAUAUGCUUCAGUUUGCGCGGAGGCACAGUCAUCAUGCUGAUCAAAGAAUUCCGAAUUGUCCUGCCCAUUUCAGUGGAGGAGUACCAAGUGGGUCAGCUAUACACAGUAGCAGAAGCCAGUAAGAAUGAGACGGGUGGAGGAGAAGGUGUGGAGGUGUUGGUCAAUGAGCCCUAUGAGAAGGAUGGAGAGAAGGGACAGUACACCCACAAGAUCUACCACCUGCAGAGUAAAGUACCAGGUAUCAUCCGUAUGAUCGCUCCAAAGGGUUCUCUGGAGAUUCAUGAGAAGGCCUGGAACGCAUAUCCUUACUGUCGAACCAUCCUCACAAAUACCUACAUGAAUGACAGGUUCAUGAUUAAAAUCGAGACAUGGCACAAGCCUGAUAUGGGGGAACAGGAGAAUGUACAUGGACUAGACAAAAGCACAUGGGAUGCAACUGAAAUAGUUAACAUUGACAUUGGUGAUAGAAGUUGCGUAAAUCAAAAGGACUACAAAGCAGAGUAUGAUCCAGCCAUCUUUAAGUCAGAGAGGACAGGUAGAGGCCCUCUGGGACCUGACUGGAAGAAAGAACUUGCAAACAACCCCGACUGUCCACACAUGUGUGCCUAUAAGCUUGUCACUGUUGAAUUCAAGCAGAUGUUAGUACAGGGCAAGAUAGAAAGCUUCAUUCAAAAGGUGGAGCAGCGUUUGUUCACCCUCUUCCACAGACAGCUUUUCUGCACGAUUGACAAUUGGGUGCAUCUGACGAUGGAUGACAUACGACGCAUGGAGGAAGAGACAAAGAAAGAGCUGGAUGAGAUGAGGCAGAAUGAUGAAGUUAAAGGCAUGGCAGCUGAAUGAGUCCCUCUCUGAUACAGGAGGAUUUCACUUCCUUCAGCCAGCUCAGACUCCUUGUUUUGGACACUAGACCUAGAACAGCAUCAUAGGCAUAAUCAAGAAUACCACAUUUAUAUCCUAAUAAAAUUUGCUCUUAAUAAGAGCUCAUUAUUGAAAAGCGUGUGUGUAUUUAUGUACUGCAUUUGAAUACAACUACAGCAGUUUUUAGUUUUUUGAGACAAUUUUGUGAUUUAGGUAAUUAGUUUUGGAGAUGAAAUAUUCUUGCUUAUGUCUAUUUGGUUCUCUUAAAUCCCCUAAAUUAGGGAACCGGUGUGGGUUGUCUCUGAAGCAGCAUUUAUGAAUACUGUUAUCCUUUUUUAAUGACAAUUAUUUGGGUUUUGUUCUUUUUUUUUGAUUUUGUAUUUUCCUGUCCUCUGUGAUUUCUGAUUUAUUGACCAGAGCAAGACAGUUGCUCCACAAGUCUUCUGACCACUUACAAAAGAUCCAGUUAAAAUAAUUUUUAAAUAAUUAACUGAAAUAAAAUCGAGAUCAGUGCUUUUGACAAGUACACUGACUGUUCUGUUUUGUCAGACUGGAAAUUUAUCAUGACAUGGUGGCUGGAGGUAAAGCUGUGGGAGAUAUUUACAUUGAAAAGACAGAAUAGUCUGGUAAUCCUGGUGUGACUGCACCAUCUCUUGGUCAGGUGGUUUAACUUCAUCAAAAGAUGCCAGCUGCUGUGUUUUAUUAUAGCUUUGGGUUGGGUUUUUGAGUGUUUCUGAUGAAAAUAUUUAAGAAAAACCUGAACUCUGAGCAGACUUCAAAAUGUCUGACACAUGAUACAGUUCUGUCUUGAUAACUGUUCAAAGGUUUGGCCUAGGUUGUCAUUGUCAGUUUUGUUCUGUGUUCAAUGUAAUAACCUGGAUUUUAAUGUACUGAGACAUAUCAUUAAAGACAAUGUUAUUGUUCCUUG